AUGGCCUCAGAAACUCCGUGGUUUACCAAGACCUUCCUUGCAUCGAUCUUCCUCGGCAUUGGAGGGUUUCUUUAUGGCUACGCAUCAGUCGGUAUCACGAGCGAUUGGUUUGGUCGGCGCAAGGCCAUUGCCUUUGGCUGCGCGUGGGGCGUUCUUGGAGGUGCUCUGAUGGCAGGUGCUGCCCAUGUUUCUAUGCUUAUCAUUGGUCGUCUAUUUAUCGGUUAUGCUGUUGGAACCAUCACCGGCGUUGCUCCUGUCUAUGGCGCCGAGAUCGCAAAGACAUACGAACGUGGUCGCAUCACGGCAACCAACCAGAUGAUGGUCGCCUGGGGCUUCUUCGUUGCUCUUUGGACCGGCGUGGGCGAAGGAAAAUGGCACAAUGACAACCAAUGGCGCCUUGGCUUCGCGAUUCAAGCCAUUCCCGCCCUUCUGCUUGGUGUGGGCGUGCUCUUCCUUAACGAGUCUCCCAGGUGGCUGCUAAUGAAAGGCUUUCGGGAGGAAGCUGAGAAGAGUUUUUGGGGUUGGCAUUACAACGGCUCCAACGAUGAGUGGUGCAAGAUCGAGUUUGCCCGCAUCCAGACCAGUAUAACCGAGGAGAUCGAGGCCCAGCACCGUCUUACAUGGGUUGACCUCAUCCGCACCGGCCCCUUCCGCAGACGUCUGUUCGUCGGGUCCUUUGUCUGGGCCGCCGCCAUGCUCUCUGGCAUCAGCUUCGUCCAGUACUACCAGACUGCCAUCUACUCCACGCUGCGAUUUGACGAGGAUCGCCAGCUCCUGGUCAGUGGACUUUACGGCUGCGUGGCUCCGAUUGCUUGCAUUAUCUCCCUGUUCUUCGUCGACCGUAUCGGCCGCAAAAAGAUUCUGGUCAGCAGUUCUGGCCUGCUGUCUAUCCUCUACAUGAUCAUCACAAUUCUCGCAGCCAAGUUCCCAGCCCUCCCUGGCCUGCCUACAAAUGAGGACGCCCAGCGUGCCCUUAUCGCCUGCAUCUUCAUGGUCUCGGCUAACUACUCCGCCCUCCUGGGCCCCAUGACCUGGAUUAUUCCUCCUGAGGUCUUCACCACCGAGCUCCGUGCAAAGGCAAACGCUGUUGUCCAAGUCAUUCAUUAUUCGAUCAGUCUCAUCAUCACCCAAUGUUCACCUAUUGCUCUCGAGCGUGUGGGUUGGAAGUACUAUAUCCUGUUUAUCCUCACCAACUUCCUCUGUGCCAUCGUCUUCGCUAUAUUCUACCCGGAAACUAAAGGCAAAUCCCUCGAGGAAAUCGAUGAGAUCUUUGGUGACAUCGAAAAGAAGCGCGACAUUGAGGUUCAAAACGUUGAGGUUAAGGACAGUGCCUGA